AUGCCCGCCGGGCGCGAUGGCGGCGGCCGCGGCGCUGCGGCGCUCGCCGCUGCUGCGGCGGCGGGCGGGUACGGGCCCGGCCCCUCUCUCCUCUCCCUGCCGCCCUCCGGCCCUGGGCCGCCGCCCGGGGCCGCCUCAGGGUGGGAGCGGGGCGGCGGCGGAGCGCGCGUCACCUUUGUGUGUCCCACAGGUGCGCGGGCCGGGCCCGGCGGAGGGGCGUCCCUCAGGCCGAGCAGCGGCGGGGCGGCGCGGGGGGACAUCAGCAAGCCCGUCAUAGACCGCAUCCUGCGCGUGGACCAUGCCGGCGAGUUCGGGGCCAACCGCAUCUACGCGGGGCAGAUGGCCGUGCUGGGCAGGUCCAGCGUGGGACCCCUCAUCCAGCAAAUGUGGAAUCAAGAAAAGGACCACCUGAAAAAGUUCAAUGAACUCAUGGUUGCAUAUAGAGUUCGACCUACUGUUUUAUUGCCUUUCUGGAACGUAGCAGGUUUUGUUUUAGGGGCUGGAAGUGCUUUGCUUGGCAAGAAGGGUGCAAUGGCUUGCACAGUGGCUGUGGAAGAGAGUAUAUCAGAGCACUACAACAACCAGAUCCGAACUCUGAUAGAAGAGGAUCCAGAAAAGUACAAAGAACUAUUGCAGGUAAUAAAGCAAUUCCGGGAUGAUGAGCAGGAGCACCACGACAUAGGGCUCGAGCACGAUGCAGAAGCUGCGCCAGCUUAUUCUGUUUUGAAGACAGCCAUACAACUUGGAUGCAAAGCUGCAAUAUUUUUAUCAGAAAGAAUUUAGUUACAUUUUUCAUAAUAGCUGUGGCAAUAAACUGUGACACAAAAGCAUAUGGAAAUUGUGGAAGAUUCAGCUGUUUUAUUCAGCCUUUUAAAAUGUUCUGCACUAAGCACUUGAUUCAGCCAUCCUUUGUCACAUUGAGUCCCUAUUUAAAAAGUAUCUGUAUUAAUUUGAGCUAAAUGUGAAUAAAGGUGGCAAAAUUGAGUCUGUGUGAACUAAACCUCCCUAUUCAGAGACUGUUCACAAGGUGGCAGCACAAUAUGUAUAUACAUGGUUUAUAUCUACAGUAUUGUGUAUGGAUGCAUACAAACAAAAAUGAAAAAUACAUUCUCUGUUGCCUUCAAAUUUAUGUAUACUUGAAAUAAGCUGGAGCAGCUCAUUUUAAAAUAGUUAAUACAGACCAAGAAGAAUAUUUUUUUCUGUUUCCAGGAUGAGGGAAGUAAUAGUAAGUAUUUAUUUUCAGUCCAUCUUGAAUAAAAAUUGGUAUUAUAAGACCA